AUGAAGAGAAAGUAUCUUCCUGUAGAUGCGCUCCAGGCGUGGGCAAGACUCAACAGUGUCACUUUUCACGGUGUCGAGAUCAAACAGCCUCCUUAUGACGGCGAGGACAUUGACAAGGGCUCAGCCAUUCUCGCAGUUGGCUCCCUUGAUAGCCAGGAGCCUAUACUGGACGAGCCGGGCCUCGAGCCAGAGAUCCUCAUUAAAGUCCCACCCGAUCUCGUCCUCUCCAGGGAAACGGUGGAAACUCAUGCAAAGUCUGACAAGUACCUAAAGGAUGUCUUGGACGCAGUCGGUGAUUUUGGGAAGGGAUCUAGAGGUGCCAUACUGAUAUUCUUGUUGCUCUUAAUCACGCAUUCAAGCGUAGAAAAGGGAGAACAGGUGGGUAUUUCGUCCCCAUGGACAGAGUAUAUCAAGUUUUUUCCGGCGGUCUACGAGCUUCCUACGUUCUAUACGCUGGAAGAACGAGAGCUACUACGCGGGACUUCCCUGGAGCCUUCUUUAGACACCAAGAUGCAGUCUCUAGCCCGGGAAUUCGACCAUUUACGAGAUAGUACGUUUAACAUCCCCUGGUGUCAGAAAGAGUGGUGGCACCCUGAGACAGGGCAGCUCGAGUUCGACGACUGGAAAGUCGUCGACGCAAUGUAUAGAUCUCGCGUAAUGGAUUUGCCAGGAAUGGGUCAUGCAAUGGUACCUUGCAUUGAUAUGGCAAACCACGUGGCUGGGGAUAAGACCGCAGCCCGGUAUGAGACAGACACCGAAGGCAACGCAGUGCUACAACUGCGGUGGGGUCAACGACUCAAAGAGGGAGAAGAAGUUACCAUCUCAUAUGGGGACAGCAAGGGGGCAUCAGAAAUGAUAUUCUCCUACGGCUUCCUGGACCAAGGUUUGAAAAGUGCUCAGCAACUCCUUCUCGAUCUUGAUAUCCCUGAUGAUGACCCACUUAAGCCACCCAAACGGGCUGUAUGCGAAGACGGCCCUGGGGUUCGUAUUUUUGAUGCGGGAGACGGCCAGGACCAAAACACCACUUGGCGCAGCGACUUCGUCUGGUGGAUUUGCGUCAACGAGGAGGAUGGACUGGAAUUCCGGGUGUUACAGUCAAACGAUGGGGGAAGAGACCUGCGGGUAUUCUGGAAGAAGGAAGAAAUAACCGGCCCUCGAAAACUAGGUGAAUUUUUGGCAGGGGAUCCAAGAUGGGAUAUCUUCCAGCUGCGAGCUGUGGUGAUAAUCCAGGAACGCGUCGCCAACCAACUUGCCCUAUUGCAGGCAACUAAAGAUUAUGUCAGGGGGCUGGCAGAUAAGGUGGACGAUGCGCUUAUUCGAAGGUCUGUUUGGGAUACGGUCAUGAAGUUUCGGUCUCUCGAAGAGAGCCUUCUAAUGAGAAGUAACCGUGAUCUAGACGAAAAGAAGCUAGAGUUGCUUGAAUCGAAAACCGUUCAAGCGUACCUUAACUCUCAAUAUUCUUCUGCAGAGAUUGAUGAAGAUUUCUCCUAA